AUGAUACAAUUUUUGGUGUUCUUUCUGAUUUCCCAUCAAUUCUGUGAUUCAAUAGAGUUUGUCGAUGAUCGACCGCCUUGUCAACCAUAUAAUCGAUGCACAAAAUCGAAUGAAUGCUUGAUGGGUCGAUGUCUCCGCUCGGGUUAUUGUCUUUGUCCAAUUGAGGUCGAUCGAAGCAAUAGAAAUCUAUUGAAUCGUCAACUACAGCAGCUACCAUUGAAUUCGGGAAAGCUGCACCAGUUGACUCAAAUCAUGGCAAUCAUCUCGAUUUUUUUGGUUGCU